CUCGAUCCACCACCCGUUCGCAGGAGCCCGCUGCUCUCCCUCUGGAGGUAUAGCGGACUCGAUCUUUGAACAGUAAAGAUCUCAAUUGCUCUGAACCCAUACUGCACUCCACCAACUUCCCACGAAAAGCCAUAAUCGUCAAAAUGGCUCCUCACGCGGAAGUCGGCUUGGGCUCCUCGAACGGGGCGGCUUACACCAACGGCCAAGGCUCCUCGGCUCCCCAGGACCUUUUCACCGUCAACUCCCCCAACGUCACCUACACCGAUGCGGAAAUCCAAUCCAAGUACACCUACCGCACCACCAAGGUUGAGACUACUUCCGAUGGUAAGUAUGUUGCUACUCCCCAGGAGACCCUCUACGACUUCAAGGUCGACCGCAAGGUCCCCAAGGUCGGUAUGAUGUUGGUCGGCUGGGGUGGUAACAACGGUACCACUGUCACCGCCGGUAUUCUCGCCAACCGCCGUCAGCUCGCCUGGGAGACAAAGGAAGGUCCCCAGGAGGCCAACUACUACGGCUCCGUUGUUAUGGGCUCGACCCUCAAGCUCGGUACUGAUGCCAAGACUAACCGGGAGGUCAACAUCCCCUUCCACAACAUCUUGCCCAUGGUCCACCCCAAUGACCUCGUCAUUGGCGGCUGGGACAUUAGCAAGAUGAACCUGUCCCAGGCCAUGGACCGCGCUCAGGUCCUCGAGCCGGCUCUCAAGGCCCAGGUCAAGAAGGAGAUGGCCGAGAUGGUUCCCCUGCCCUCGGUCUACUACCCCGACUUCAUUGCUGCCAACCAGGAGGAUCGCGCCGACAACGUCCUCGAGGGCUCCAAGGCCUCGAUGGCUCACGUUGAGAAGCUUCGCCAGGACAUCCGCGACUUCAAGGCCAAGAACAACCUCGACAAGAUCAUCGUCAUGUGGACUGCCAACACUGAGCGAUACGCCGACCUGAUUGAGGGCGUCAACGACACCGCCGACAACCUUCUCAAGUCCAUUGAGCAGGGCCACGAGGAGGUAGCUCCCUCUACCGUCUUCGCCGUCGCCUGUAUCCUCGAGAAGACCCCCUUCAUCAACGGCUCUCCCCAGAACACCUUUGUUCCUGGUGCCAUUGAGCUGGCCGAGCGCCACAACGCCUUCAUCGGCGGUGACGACUUCAAGUCCGGCCAGACCAAGAUGAAGUCUGCUCUCGUUGACUUCCUCAUCAACGCCGGUAUCAAGUUGACUUCCAUUGCCAGCUACAACCAUCUUGGCAACAACGACGGCAAGAACCUGAGCUCCCAGAAGCAGUUCCGCUCCAAGGAGAUCUCCAAGUCUAACGUCGUUGACGACAUGGUCGAGGCCAACCACGUCCUCUACAAGAAGGGCGAGCACCCUGAUCACUGCGUCGUCAUCAAGUACAUGCCUUCUGUCGCUGACAACAAGCGUGCUCUCGAUGAGUACUACGCCGAGAUUUUCCUCGGUGGCCACCAGACCAUCUCCAUGUUCAACAUCUGCGAGGACUCUCUCCUGGCCUCGCCUUUGAUCAUUGAUCUGGUUGUCAUCGCCGAGAUGAUGUCUCGUAUCCAGUGGAAGUCCGCUUCUACCGAUGGUGCUGCCACCACCGAGUACAAGAACUUCCACAGUGUCCUGAGUGUCCUGAGCUACAUGCUCAAGGCUCCCUUGACCCCUCCCGGCACUCCUGUCGUUAACGCUCUCGCCAAGCAACGUGCCGCUCUGACCAACAUCUUCCGCGCCUGUGUUGGUCUGCAGCCCGAGUCUGAUAUGACUCUGGAGCACAAGCUAUUCUAAGCACAAGACGCUCUGUUUAGUUGGCAAUAUGCCGUAAAAUGCGAUUGCGUUAAACAAAGGAGGAGGAGGACUUUACGACAUCAUUUACCAGCUGAG